AUGGCGGAGGCUGCGGAGGAACCACAACACCGGUUUUUCUGUCACUGCUGUAAAUGUGAAACUAACCCAAAACUCCCGGAUCUUGUCUGUCCCAGAUGUGACUCGGGCUUCAUUGAGGAGGUGGCGGAAGACUCCAGUCUCCUGCAGGACAGCACGCCCGCAGCCAGCGAAGACUCCAACUCGUUGUUCUCAGAGUUAUGGCAGCUGCUGUUUAUGGAACGCUCUGCUCUGCUGUCGCAUCCGCCCUCCUCAGAGUCCCACCCAGAUGACAGCGAGCAGGUAUCUGCAGGUCAGAGCCGUCCGUCUCUGGUGUCACCAGCUGCCGACACCGCCGACGCCACCGCCGAGGCCGAAGAACCAGAGUCUCCCUCCCAGCCCGAAGAAGAGAGGUCGUCCAUGCCAGAGCAAAGCUCUGCAGUGGAAGGGAUCAUGCAGCAGUUCUUGGCCGACCUCUUCGCCAGCAACGGGAACCCCGGCGCCGCUCCAGCUGCAUUAUCCAGCAUGCUGCAGUUGCACUCGAACCCUGGAGACUAUGCGUGGGGUCAGGGAGGUCUGGACGCUGUCAUCACGGAGUUGUUAGGACAGCUGGAGAGCACCGGUCCACCUCCUGCGGAGAAGGAGAUGAUCUCGUCCCUGCCGACAGUUGGCGUCUCCCAGGAGCAGAUAGACUGCAGACUGGAGUGUCCAGUUUGCAGGGAGGAGUAUUCACUAGGGGAAUCUGUCAGGAAGCUUCCCUGCCUCCAUUACUUCCAUGGUCAUUGUAUAGUGCCUUGGCUGGAGCUGCAUGACACCUGCCCGGUGUGCCGCAAAAGCCUGGAUGGCGUCGACAACAGCCUCCCGCCCACGUCAGAACCCCCGGACGACCGCUCCGUCAGGACAGAGCAACCAGAGCGGCAGGCCAUCUGA